GGGGUACCUAAUUGGUUUACGUACGGCCAUGGCUCAUUCAAAGCGCAACACCUCGCUCCCGCAUUUCACAUCCUACGAACGCUCUCUCCUUCGCUCUACCUGGGGAUCCCAGAGCACUCGACUCUCACGCGAAUCCUUUCUCCCAUUUUCCUCAUGCCGUCUCUGUCUCCUACCAGCUCGUGAACCCGUCGUCGCCUGCGCCACGAACGGCGACCUCUUCUGCCGUGAAUGCGCCGUCAAUGACCUCCUUGCACAGCGAAAGGAGAUUAAAAGACUAGAGAAGGAACGGGAAAUUGCAAAACAGGAAAGAGAUGAAGAUCAAGAGCGGCUGGCAGCCGAGGCACGGGAUAGAGAGCUCAAGGAGUUUGAGAUGGUUAGUAUGGGGCUGGAAGAGAAAAAGAUGAAGAGGAAGCGAGAGCUAGAAGAGAAUGGCGGUGGGAGGGAUAAGGCUGAGAGGAACGGGGAUGCGUCUAUAGAAAGCAUGGAGCUAAAAAAGAGGCGAAGAGAAGGAUUUGAGUUGGAUGAGGAGGGAAUGCGAAAGAUAGCAAUGGAGGAACGAGAAAAGAUGAUGAAGAGGAUUGAGAAGGAGAAGGCGGAAUCAUCGAAAUCUCAACUUCCAUCAUUCUGGGUACCAUCAUUAACACCUUCGGUUGCUGAGAAUGGCGAGGAUGUCAAACCGGCAAAGCUCAACCCGAUAUGUCCGGCGUCAACACCUGAGAACAAGCAUGGGUACUCCUUGAAAGGGCUUGUGACGGUUCAUUUCACAGAAGAGAAAGAUGAAAAGGCAGGAGAUAUGGUUCGCAUAUGUCCAAGCUGCAAGAAGGCUCUUAGCAACGGACUUAAGGCUAUGCUGGCCAAGCCCUGUGGACACGUUAUCUGCAAACGAUGCGUAGACCAAUUCAUGACUGCAGACAAAGGCGCAGACCCGCACUCUACUGAUCCAUCUGAGUCAGAACGGGUAGGAAAGGUGUUUUGCUAUGUAUGCGACGCGGAUUUAACCAACAAAAGAGCAAGCAAGGAAGGAAAGAAGGAUAAGGAUAAAAUACGGCCGGGCUUGGUCGAGAUAUCGUCUGAGGGGACCGGAUUUGCCGGUGGUGGGAAGAAUAUGGCCUCCAAGUCGGGAACGGCUUUUCAGUGUUGA